AUGAUAUCGACCGGUUGUUCCCGGCGGCCGGCAGCCUUGAUUGCUCUGGCCGCCCUUCUGCUCCUCUCUUCGUUCCCGUCACUCCGAGCGUCCGAGUCGCUUAAGCCACCUGCUGUUUCUUCGGAAGACGCUAACAGGCUUCAUGUGAUUGGUUUCGUAACGCUUGAUCAGCUGGUUUCGUCUUUGAAGGACGCCUCUCUUCGAGAAGCAUUUCUGGCGGCACUUCCGAACCAGUGGGCGCUCCCGAAGUUUGCUUCUUCUACGACGUCCGAGCUCAACCAGCUUCAAAUAUGGACCAAGAGUCUUCGAGAGCGCAUUCUCCCAGGUCUCCCUCUUGGAGAGGCACUGUCGAAUGCCACGGCAGAAAUCUCCAGUCGGACUUCGUCUCUGCAAGACGUACUCAGUGGCUUGGCAGAGAGUGCGGGAACUGACAGAGGAAGUUUCCUCCCGUCGGUCUUCAGUGGCGACUUGCAAGGGAACCUGCCGUCGAUUCUGAAGGAGUUCACUUCUGCAUUCCCUCUGCGCCAUGGAUCUCAGGGCGAAGAUGCAGACUCUCGUCCAGCUUUGCAUUCUGUUGAAGAUGCUCUUGGACUGCUUCCAAGGUUAGACCUGCUGAACACAGGCCAUCUCUCCCAGAUUUUUGCAGUCCCAUCGGAACUGGCAUGGCCAGUGAGUCGCCAGCGUCUCGAGCUUCUUCUUCCAGUCCUCACACGAUCACCUGAGGACGGUGAGAGUUCACUGCCUGGGUGGCAGGUCAAGGAUUUUGACGGACUCUCAGCGCUUCGUGUUCAACUGGAAGAUCUUUUGGUCCCGCUUUCUCAAGCUGACGGUAGCUUGCUAUUCGCGAGCCUGAGUGAUGUCCUUCCGGACUUCCAGUUGCCCGCCAAGCUCGAUAUACUACCUCUUGCUACCCUUGAAAACAAAGAGCUGGGAUCAGUAACCUCCCUCUGGAGCUCUGUGAAGGGAACAAUGCUUUCCAGAAUGGCGGUUCUCAGCGGCGACGCACCGUUCCUGGUUGGGCCCGUGCUGAAUCUCAACAGCCUUUCCAAGUUGCAGCUCGCCUCGUCUUCCCCCCUUGUACAGCGACUGGUGGAUCCCACAAUGCCUUUGAAACUAAAUUCGACACUCGGCAACCCCGCCGACCUUCUCUCUUCUGUGUUGGAAGCGUUGGACGCCGGUGUGGCAGUCGACGAUGGACUGAAGGACCUCUUCGCGAACCGUGCCAUCCGCCUGCAAGAGGCAGUUGUGUCACCGGUGGAAGCCCUUCUUAGGCCAAACAACGGCACCGAAUCAAACAAUCUGUCUGAGUUGCUUGAGCAGUCGCGAAGCGCUGUGGAACAGUUGUCGGCCCAUGAUUUUUUGAACGACUACUUCUUCAGCAUGAAACUGCCCUUCGUCGCGGUCCCCCGAGAUAGUCUUCCGGGCCUUUUCACGUCGUUGAAGAACUUGAACAGCCGCUGCGGGGAUGCCGCUGCGGGGGAAGCUGGAGCUUCAUGCCCUCUGACCUUCCCAAGUUUCUCGGCGCUGUCGCUUGGGGCGCCGCUCGGCGACGAAGGCCUGGAGGCCAUGUAUUUGAGAGUUGAGUCGCUAUCGGAGCAGCUACGGUUAGCAGUGGAGCAGCUGCAAGAGCGUGUCAUGCGCACUCUAUCCGUGAUCGAGCCCAGUGAAGAAGAUAAACCGGCCACGGAGAAGAAGGUCGAGGAGACCAAAGACGCUGUUGCUCUCCGACAGGCUAUGGACGCCACUGUGAAGCUGGCUAAUACUAUGACUGCCGCCCUGCAAUUCACUAAGAAGGAGGUUAAGGCUCUGCAGCUAUUCAGUGCUCAUUCCGAAGGGGGCUUGAGGGCAGGCGCCCUGUUUGAAGACCUCGGAUCAUCCGCAGCCCAUCUCCUGAAGCAAGGAGGAUCUGGGGGUUCUCCAGCGCAGCUGCGGUCCUUCAUUGCGAACAUUGAAGGGAAUCCCCUUCUGGCUGUCCCGCGAACCGUAUACAACCAGCUACUGAGGGUUACAGCGGGGGAGCAAGAGCCUCAGCGGCGCGGGCAACAAGCAACUACCAGCAACGUCAGACGACGCAGAUUACAAGUCACUGAACAGACGCCACCAGCGUAUUCAGCUGUUGCAGCCAUGGUCCCAAGAGAAGACGGCCUAGUUUUAGUGGAUCCGCAUAUUUUUGGCAGCCUCCUGAAUAACCUUCAUGGAGUCGACGGCGCUGGGCUCAGGGGCGCACUGAAGGACAUACUUUCGCGGGCAACCCAAGGAUCGGCCGCUGGAUCCGACGAGGCCCGUCCACUCUUUUCCCUUCCUCCACUCGUCGAAGACUUGUUUGCCAACAACACACUGGCCCUUCCAACGCUGGCUUUCCCUACGGCUGAUCUUUUGCGGACAGGAGUCUUCCCUGGUCAGUUGCUGAACGUUCCUCUCGGCCAGUGGGUUUCUUCCGGAAUUAUCCCUGCGGAUUUCGCUGGGCGAACAUUGCCAGAGCUACUUGACGUCCACUCUGCUGCUUCUCAACUGAAAGCCCUCCCUCUCGGCGAACUUCUACCGGGAGCUCGUGCGGCGGCCGCUUCGCUUGGGUUGGACCUUCCGACAACACUUUUUGAGGACGGCAGCGGUUUGCUGGCGCGAACGGUAGGAGAUCUUCAGAUGAAUGCUCUUCUGCCACCCCAGUUGCUCCACAUUCCACUUUCACAACUUGUCGACGGCAAUGGGGCCGUGGGACGGGAUAUCCUCGACCUACCUCUCGGCAGUGUGCUUGCCGGAGGUGAAGCGGCGGCUUCGCUUCUCACACAGCCUUUGGGUGACGCACUCGGCCUUCGGACUGCACUUGAAUCGCUCACCAACCACGCGUCACUGCCUCUGAAAUUCGAGCUCCCCGAUAUUGCCCGAGCCGCCGGCAUCUCAGGGGUACAAGAGCAUCUUCCACAGCUGCUAUCCGCGAGCGGACUCCCAGGAGCCGUCGCUCUUCUCCCAGUCUCCGGAGAGUGGCUGUCUCUGGCUGGGUUGGACAAAAUCCGGUCUGGUGGCGGCGCCGCAGCUCUCGUCGGAAAUGUGGCGGAAAUAGCAGCUGCAGCUGCAACGGCCGCGACCAGCGGGAGUUUCUUGCCUGGGCGUGGCGGGGCGAGUUCGGCUUCUCUUGAAACAACGCCAGGAUUGCUUGGGAAAAGGCCGUUGGGCGACGCUCUCAAGAACCUCACCUCUCUGACAGGCUCGCCACUUGGCAACGAACUGUUUUUCUGA